UGUAGUAGCGGAAAUCAGAAGGGUGUGUGGCAGAGGAAUCACAACAACGUUCUGCUGCAGCGGUGACCCUGAACCGCCCUGCCCCUGUGUUGUCUUCCGUGGCGCAAGCUGUGGACACCGUCUUCCCUAGCAGGAAGCCUUGUACUGGUGUGUAGGCGUGAGGCGGGAGGAGCCAACACCCGUGAUGGUGGUGCCUGAGGAGGAUUCAUGCUUGGCUGGCUAAAGAAAAGAGCCAGAGGGAGCAUCCAGGCGCGCUACAUCAGCUGUCUCCUGCGUCGCGAUCUGGCCCAAGCAGACAUGUUCGUGGCCGAGCCUGUACAGUCCCUGCUCACUCACAACCUCAAGCUGGUUGUGCUGAACAGUGAGGGCCGUGACUACUCCUUGGAGGUGCCAACAGACAUGACAGUGGAGCAGGUGAAGAAAAUGGCAGUGGGUCACUUCUCCAACCCUUUGGAGGCAGUUGGAGGGGAUGACCGAACAUCUGCAGAUGGUUGUAAGACAGGAGGCGGAGGGCGGUCAUACCGGCUGGUACUGGUGCGGGAGGCACGACCUCUUAUGGAAGCCAACUCCAUUCAACUGGAACAACUCCUUGACAAUGAUGAGCUGCUGCUGGUGGAGCGUCGUGAGGCACCUCCUGCUAAUGAGUUGGUCCCAGAGAGCACAGCCGAGGCUCCUACCAUGGCACAGAUAACUGCUGUAACAGCACAGCUGCCAAAGAGGAACUAUAUCCAUGAUACAGAUGCUGGCCAAUAUUCAGAUGAUUUCCAGACAGAGCUGCGGCGCAUCCUUGUGACCAUGAUAGAGGCUUCUGUGCGUCUCAUCAGUGCCAAUCCAGAUUCAGAAGAAAUCUUCAGCCAGAUUUUGGACAAACUGGAGCGUCGCCAUCGCCCACAUGUGGAUCGCAAUGCUUUGCGUCAACUUACAGAGAUGGGCUUCCCUGAAGCUAAGGCCACCAAGGCUCUUCAGAUCAGAAGAAAUGUGACGGAAGCAAUGGAGUGGCUUCUGGAACGAGGGAGUUCAGAUGAGGUAGAGGGCGAUUGCAUUUUUGGAGGAGCCAGGAAUGCUGCUGGUGAUACUACCUCCACCUCAACCACUACAGGCACCACUACCACCACUGCCUCCUCCUCUACUAGUCCUUCCCAUAACCCUGUACACAAUGAUGUGCCUCAGGAUCCUGCCCAGAAAGUUCUCAAAACUUUCCUGCAGUACAGGAAAAAAUGGUUCCAGCCCAAUCCACAAGCCCUGCAGGAGCUCAAAGUCAUGGGCUUUGCAGAAGAGGAUGCCAUCAAUGCUCUCAGAGUUAGUGGCAAUAAAAAGGAGGUUGCGUGUCAUGUGUUGCUGGGCUCCCAGUCAGUGAUGACAGACGACCAGGGCCUGGACCGAGACUCGCCCAUCAUCUCUGCCAUUCUCUCUUCCCCUGUCAUUCAGUUAGCAUUGCCUAAGCCAAAAACUUUGCUAGCCUUGAUGAUGUGGUAUGACAGCCCCACCCAUCCCAGCAUGUGGCUCAGUGAUCCAGACACUCAUCCAUUCGUGAGCCAAGUUAUCCGUAUCUAUCAUGCAGAGAAGCAUAGCCUCAACAGGGGACGCUUGCCCCCUCCAGCAGUGUCUUCUGCAGCCUCCACUGACUCAUCAGCAUCCAACUCUUCCUCUUCUUCAAUCUCGUCCUCUGAGCCUGGCGUGCUAAGGUUUAUGAGCCGUCCUGGAGUGACCAGCGGGCCUGGAGGGGGUGUGACUACUACAUAUGGAUUUUCUGUGAGAACUAGUGAAGGACAACCUCAUCCUCAAUUCUCAUCCUCCCUAACACCAGGCCAGUGUUCCCAGAUAUUCAUUACUGUACGAAACGGUAGUGGUGGUGCAUCGGAGCAACCUCUGAGCUGGCUUCCCACCUCGGCAGCCAAUCAUCGGUCCUCUCCCUCCAGAACCAUUCCCUCAGCACUGACUCCCUCACAGGUCGCUAGAAUUAACCCUGAAGAGCCUAUGUCCCACUCUGGGUCUCCCAUUAGGUCCUCAGUAGCAGGUCGGGGAGGGUCAGAGGUGCCGAAUGGAGUAAGCAUGAAUUUGGUGGAGCAGAGUCCUUUGUACAAUAUGACAGUGGAACAACAUCCUGCCCCUGAUGUUGAGAUGGAAGACUCACCCACAGACUCACAGGCCAUGGACACACAAUAAUACAAAGGCAGAAGAGGAUGCCAAAGCAUGAAGAUUUGACAGCAUAAUGACAUUCAUACUUACUGUAUCACAACCUUCAACUUCUGUCUGUAAGCUGCACAUCAUUACACUGCCUGUAGUUUGUUUGUGCCAUAGGCAGAUGGAGCUACUUUUGAACGUGUUUGCAGUGGUUCCUGUUUUGUGAUGCAUGGAACCUAUAAUGGUGACAAUAGGCCUUUUGAUAUAAAGUUACAAGAAUGCAGUUAAUAGGCUGUCUACUAUAUAGCAAACACCAAGGAUGCUGGUCUUGUGGUGUGAACUGAAUCUGUGUCUUAUUUCAGACAUAUCACUGUAGACCACUUCAUCCUGCCAUUAUAGAUGCAAAAUACAGAACAGUUGACUAAAUUGUCAAUUUGCACUAAAAAAAACAACUCAGCUUUUGUUGAUGUGCUUCAUAGAGGUGAAAACUAUAAGAUCCAAAAAUUAUUGAGUUCCAGGCAAAUGAUGUAGCAUAGAUUUUUUAUAUGGAAACAAUAGAAUAAGAAAACAUCCUCCAAUGAAAUUACUUCUUGGGGUAAAUUUAUAAGUGUUGAUGGUGAUCUAAAACUUAGAUUUGGGUGGAUGUCAUGCCUACAACCCAGGAAGGCUUAUUGACAAUCUUCAAUAUCAAAAUACAGUUUGGUGCUAUAUAUUUUGAUUAAGUUUAGAAUGAAAAAUUGAGACAGCAAGCCUCUGCUGCCCCCGUAAAAUUUUGCUACAUCACACUAAUAAGGAUUAACUAACUGAUAAACCCCAAACUCUUCUUUGUACUAGUUAUUUUACUGGAAAAAUGCCAGCAAUUGGCACAAUUUAUUGAAGAAAAUGGGGUCCCUUUAUUGCACACACAGGGAACCCAGCUUGUGAAUCAGCAGUGUAUAUAACUAAAGCAGGUUUGAGUAUAACCAGUGUGCAAACAGGACAGCAACCUUGAUUCAUUGUGCUUCACUUCAUGCUGGAUUAGUGUAAAGUUUAAGCCAGUGUGUUGAUACAGUGCUUGGUGCAGGUGUAUUGACACACCUUCGGCCAGUGGCAGAUCCCUUGAGUUCCAACCCUCAUACCCAGCAAGUGUGUUUUAAAGUCUAGUCUUCAUCAAGUCAUUCAAACUGUCAUAUAUUUAUUAACAGCAAACAUCCAAGAAUGACAGAUUUUGGAAUAAUUAAGUUUUCUGCAGCAGGGUUGUGCUUGAUUCUAUAGUGCUGAAAAGAAGCAAGAUGUGCAAUUAUGGUUAAUUAGUGUAUACUUCAAAUAAAUCACCAAGAAAUCACCACGGUGUGUUACUAAAUAUCAGCGAUUACUUAGUUACAGUUAUUUUAGUUAGUCAUUCAUACUUUGCUGACAACCACAAUAAAAGAAAACUGCAGUUAUCAAUGUCAAUUACAGUACAAUAAAUCUUUCAUAUUUUUUUGAAGACAACCUUUGCUGCUUUCAUUUUAUCUUUCAGAUCACAGAAGGGUUAAGUACAUUCUAUUGUUCAUUCUUAUUUUAUCACAGGACCUUUUGUGGUUUUAUUUUAGUGUUUACCACUUGCCUCAAAAAACAAGUUUUGUGAAAAGUUGUACACAGUAUGAGAUGUUUGUGAGAUCCUAUUUACUUUAGUAAUGUAUAUCUUGGCAUUCAAAUGUCAAAUGUGGAAAGUUACACAGCUUUGCUCUCACUCAGACUGUUCACUGCUAUAUUAACUUUAUUGUUUUACUCAUACAUGAUGCUGUGAUGAUGUAAGUAUUUUAGCUUUCUGAGUUAUGUUAAUAAAUCUUCAACACCUGA